AGCCGCCCAGGACCUCGAGAGCCACCGGGAGCCCUGGGCCCCGCCCCGCCCGCGGCCACCUCGACCCGCGCGGCCCUGCCGAGCGAUGUUACAGCCUGGCCCGGGCUCCUUCUACGCCACCGCCCAGGCGCAGGGGCUGAGCAGGUACGAGAAGAGCGGCAUCGGCACGUCGCUGCCCAGCGGCCCGACCACCGACGAGGCGCUCCGGCUCCUGCGCCUGGUCGCCGCCGCCCAGGCCGACCUCGCCGAUGCCCAGGCCGACCUGCGACGCGAGGUGCUCGACCGGCUGGAUCGGCUCGACGGAAGCGCGGCGGGCGGCGCCGCCGCGGCGGCGGCGCAGGCCCCGGGGCGAGCUGGCCCCUGCUGCGCCGCGCAGCCGGACUCGUGCCCCAGCCCGCGCGGCUCGGCCCAGGCCGGCCUCGCCGGCGCCGGGCCGCCGCGGGCCCGCCCUGGCGCCCCUGGCGCGGGCGAAGCCGAGCAGCGGUCGUCCCCCGUGGAAGCUCCAGCACGCGCUUCGAUGGCCAGGUCGCGGACGUACAACUCGCAGCGCGCGUCGGUCAAGUCGCAGCGCGCGUCUGCCGACUACACUGAGGUGCGGCUGCAGAAGCUUGGUCUCUCGGGAACGUCGGACAGCCUCGAUGAGAAGGGGUUGGCAGAAGGAACGUGGCGUGCGCGGUGCUUUGCCAUGCUGGCUCAUCCUAUGUUCGACCUCUUCAUCAGCACGGUGAUCGUGCUCAAUUCCAUCAUGAUGGGCGUCGAGCUCACAGUGCAGCCGUCCGCGGAGAGUGGAACUCCACAGACGCGGCUGUUCUUCGGGGUCAUGGAGAGCGUGUUUCUUGUCGUAUACAUUGUGGAGUUGGCGUGCCGAUUUUACGCUUGCGGGGCGUCGUGCUUGCGAAGCUCUUGGGUCAAAUUUGAUGUGCUCAUCGUAACCGUUGGUGUCAUUGGGGACUGGCUAGUGCCCAUCAUCCUUCUCGCGUCUGGCGAAGCCAUAGCGAAGCCGUCGUAUCUGCAGAUCUUCCGGUUGGCACGUGUCGGCCGGGCAGUUCGGUUGUUCGUGCAAUUUCGGAUUUUGUGGAUGUUGGUUUCUGGGAUCAUUUCAUCGAUUUCCACCAUCGUGAACGUUCUCAUCGUCCUCGUGUUGGUGCUUUUCGCGUUCUCGUGCCUGGGAGUGGAGGUUAUCACCAACCACGCUAAGAGCUCCCAGGGAGGGGAGUUUCAAAAUCUGGUGCAAGAGCAUUGGUCCUCGCUGCCGCACACCAUGUUGACUCUAGUUCAGUUCGUAACCCUGGACAGUAUCGGGGCGAUAUACGCGCCCAUGAUCCGUGAAGACCUUUGGCUCACUUUAUUUUUCGUGCCAUUUAUCCUCGUUGUGUCCAUAAUCCUCAUGAACCUGGUGAUUCACUUCCGUGGUGAUCGAAUCCUUCAUGGAGAGCGCGAAGCGCGACCUGGAGGCACGUCGCCUUGUCAACGAGCAGCGCGUAAAGAAGUUGAUACCGAGGCUGACAGCCAUGUUCCGAGAGUUGGAUGUGGACGGCAGCGGCCUUGUCACCCUGGAGGAGGUCGAGUCUGCCCCUCUGGAGCUGCAGAACGAGCUCGAGAGCCUCCUGAAUGGGUGUCAUUUUCCAGACAUCUUUGAAGCUCUGGACGAGGACGGUUCCAUGGAGAUAUCCAUCGACGAAUUUAUGGACGGCAUGACGAAGAUCACACGCGGGCAGACGCUGGAGAUGACGCGCAUCCUCAAGCUGCAGACGGUCAUCCGGAAGGACCUCGUCCAUCUGAGGCGCGCAUGCGAGUCUCAGUUCGCUUUCCCCGCCAAUAAGCGACAGCCCCCAGCGAGCGUGGGCUCAGGUUUUGAUUCCAACCCGCUCACCCCGGUGCUGUGAGAUAUAAAUCCCCCUCGGGACCCGAGACGCACGGGGGCCAGUGCAGACAGGGGGCCCGUCGGAGCGCCGGCUAGUUUGCAGGGCCCUGCAGAGCCAGGGGCUCCUUGACGCGGGCCUGCGUGCAGGAUUUUCCAGGAUCUCGCAGCAAGCCCGACCGACCCAGGUUUGGCUUGCUCCGUGCCAGCAGCUCCCCGACCUUCGGCCCAUCUCGGGCCGGCCGCGGCGAGAGCGAGGCUCCGCCGCUGCCGCGCCGCACGCGCGAGAAUACGCGCGCGGAGGGCCCCGUGGCCGUGGUGGAGUCUUUCCCUUCGGCCCGUCUCACCUCGGCAUCGCCGACCGAUGCUCCAUCCUCCUCCUCCUCCUCCUCCUCCUCCUCCUCCUCCUCUCCUCCCC